ACAAGUGGAUCCUCGGCCCCCCUCUGGCUGCAGGUUCGGGAGCAGGACCUGCCGGUGGUGAUCCAUACUCUGGCCCAAGAGUUUGCCAUCUACCGGGAGGUGGAUGGAGAGCCGGUGCCAGUGGCCUGCGAUGACGCCAGCAAUGGCUUCCACAAAGCCAAACUAGGACCCAGCCCCACUGUCCACCCCAUCCAGAGCCCCCAGAACAGAUUCUGCAUCCUCACGCUGGACCCCGACACCCUCCCUGCCAUCGCCACCACGCUCAUGGACGUCCUGUUCUACUCCCACAGCGCUUCCAAAGAGGGGGCUUCCGAUGACCCGGACCUCGACUCCAUCCCCUUCUUCGCCUUCUCGCGCAUCGAGGGCUAUAUCUCUAUCGUCAUGGACGCAGAGACCCAGAAGAAGUUCCCCAGUGACCUGCUGCUCACCAGCUCCUGCGGAGAACUCUGGAGAAUGGUUCGAAUCGGGGGACAGCCCCUGGGCUUUGAUGAGUGUGGCAUCGUGGCCCAGAUCGCUGGGCCCCUGGCCGCUGCCGACAUCUCCGCCUACUACAUCAGUACCUUCAACUUCGACCAUGCCCUGGUACCUGAGGAUGGCAUUGACAGUGUCAUCGAGGUCCUGCAGAAUCGUCAGGAGAGCUGCCGGUAGUGGCUGGAUGUGAACCGGAUCUCCCUGUGCCUCCACCAUCGUCCUCUUCUCUGGGGGGGCUCUGGCGGCCCCCAAGGCUAAACCAAAGCUUUCCAUGUAGUGUUUGCCCUGGGGAGUGGGGGCUGGGCUGGUGCCCCCUCUGUAUAGGUGUGUGCGGGGGAGACGCCCUCUGGUGCCACCUUUCACUCUUCAUUUUUAAGCAGUUGGUUUCCUGGUCCUGUUGCCCAAGCAGGUACCUAGGAGCCGGGGACAGGACAUCCCAGAGAGAUAGCCUGGAGCCUUCCCUCCCACCCUCUGGAACCUGGCUCGUUUCCUUGGCCUCCUUUUGGAGUUGGCCCAGCUCCUGGGGGUGGGGGUUAGGGAGGGCCCUCGCUCUAGGCCAAGGCUGGCUCCCCUCAGCUCUGCCCGCCUCGUGCCCUUCCCCGGAGGGCAGGAAAGCGAAGAGGCCUGGCCUCUGCGUACAAACGCACACACCACCCUCAUCUGUGCCUUAUUUGUGAAGCUGGGUGGGCACAUGUGUGCCCACAAACUGGAAUCCUGGUGCUGUGGAUGGCUUUGCUUGGGAAGCCCCAACCUUGACACUCCCCUGCCUCAGCCCCUGGGAAACGUCUUUGCACACUCCCCUCCAGGUGGGGCAGCGGCCCCUUCUCUGUCUUUUCUCCCCCUCUGACCUGCCCUGCUCUGGCCUCUUGGGAGGGAGCUGCAUCUGGAGAGUGGCGGCCGAUCCCCACGCCUGGCUCUCCUCUGGGUGUCCCGUGAUCUCUGCCCCAUCCCUGGGGAGGAGCCUCCAUUCUUACCUUGAGUGGUUUUAAAGAAAUCGCCUUCUCAUUAAAGCACUUUGCCAUCCCUGGA